AUGAAAGUUCAUAGGUUGUUGCUUCUCGGCACUACUGUGUCUGCAAUUGCGGUCAAAAGCGAGUUAAACAAGAAUGAGACAACCCAGGUCGACGCCAAAGGCUCAGAUAAGAUGAAGAUCAAACAUCUGUUUGCAUUUCCAAUUUUCAAAUUCAAGCUCAAGUUACCGUUCCAAAAUACUUCCCCAAAUUCAAUACCUACAGGACAAGUAGGAAGUGUAGAAGAGGGCGGCAAAGCCUCGUCCGUCGCCAAAGAUUGGUCGUUUCAAUCAGAUGCCACUGAAACACCAGGUAACAAGGAAAUCGCCGAUAAUGAUAAUGAUGAUGAAGAUACAGAAUGUGAUGGGGCCGAGAAGGAUGAACAUUCACUGCCUUUGACUCCUCCAUCUAAAGGUUUUGGUGAUAUGUUUAUGGAGAUGAUGAACGUUGGAAAAGACUUGACAAUGGAAAAGAUAGAAGUGUUGAAGGAUGUAUUGUUCUUGAUUGAUCGGAUUAAAGAGGAAACUGAAACGACGGGUGAAGAGAGUGCUACUGAAAACGGAGAUUCCGAGUCAAAUAAACCAGAGGAUACUCAAGAAAGUGGAGAAGAUGCAUCUGCAAAUGGAGAAAGCAAUAUUUCACCAUCAGUGGAAACUCAGGGAUCUCAAGAUGCAAAAAUCGAUGUUUGGAGACUCUCUGCUGAACAGGGUCAAAAACUUAAGUUGCUGAAAAGACAUGACAUAACUCCUGAAGACUUGAGCAACGUGGUCAAGCUCGGUGAUUUAAAAAAUUUUUUGAGAAAGAGCAAGUCUAAAGGUGACAACAAGGAGGAGGAAGAAGAGGACGAUACUGACGCAGGCUACCCAAGCGACCCAUUAGUCAAGCGUAAAGAGGAUGAUGGCAAAUCAAGCUUUGAUAUUAAUGAUUUUAAUAAGUUGAAGGGCAAGCUUGGCUUGUCUGGUAAGAAAGGGGAUGACGGCGAUUCAAAUUCCAAAGUAAAGAACAUCUUCAAGAAAGUUGGAGAUCAAAAGAAACAAACGGAGGAGAAGGAAGACAACGGAAGCCGUAAAAUCAAAUCACAUUUUAAAAAAGCUCCACCAACUAUCACAACAACAUUACGCACCACUAUUACGACCGUCUUGGAGUCGGAGACAGAUACGCUGGAUGAGGAUUGUCCUAAAAACAAAAUGCAAACUAAGCCAAAAACCUACCCUUACUUGCAUCCUAAGGGAGAAGAAUAUCCCGAUGGGUUAUACGAUGGUGCCGAGUCUUCUUCAAACAAAGAAGAUUGUGAUGGCGAUGAAUCCAUGAAUGUGCCAAUCAACUUGAGAGAAAAAGGGGCUCUUCGCAGUCUCAGCAUCAGAUCAGACAAAGCAGAAGGUAACAUCCAGGUAGAUGAGAUUGUCUUUUUAAAACGCGACGACGAUAAUGAAUGGGUGUCCGAUUAUCCAGAGAUUGCGGAAACCCCCACGAACGGAAGCCACAAAGACUUUGAAGACUCUGACUCUGACGAUAAUGAUGAUGAUGAUUAUCAUGACGUAGAAGAAGAUAAUCUGGGAAAGAAGGAAAGCAAAUGGUCCUGGAAGUCGAUUUUUGGUUUUGGGGGUAGCAAGAGCAAAGAAGAGCCGACUUCAGAUGAUACUACGUUUGAGUCGAAUUGGUUGUUGAGAAAGAAAUUGAGAUCAAAGAAAAGAAAGCUGAAAACAGUACCUACGCCAACAACAACAACAACUACAAUCUUGAACAGCCCCAAGCCAACUGAAGCUGGAACUGAUGACGACGACGAAGAUGACCCUGAUUGCCCCAAAGAGAAAAAGGAAAGACUUAGAGAAGAGAAGGAGGAGAAACUCAGGAAGGAAAAGGAAGCAUUAAAGAACGAUAAGGAAGCACUCAAAAGUGAAAAGAAAUUACUUAAAGAGAAAUUGAAGAAAAUUCCGAAGUCAGAGAACAAGAUGGAACCAAAAAAAAUUACGUCCACAGGCAAUGGUAAGAGUGAGAAACCGCCAAUGAGUGAAAUCGUUCUCAAGGGCCCUUCUGCAAAGCUGAAGCCUGUACCAAGCACCUUUACUCCUGUUAGUUCGGUAACCUCCGAAAAGCUGAAGAAUCUCAUGCUUCUUAUCCCAGACGACGGAGAUGCCAAGCUUUUGUCUCCCGAAGAGUUUGUUAGUGUGGCACCAGACUUUGAUCAAGCAUUAGUUGUGAAAGUUGCUUACAAGACUAUUCAAACUGCGUACAAUAUUGCAAACGAGAAGCAAUCAGCCGCAAGCAGCAACGUAGCAGAUGGCACUGAUGACGGAAUCGGAGAAUCACUUAGUCGUGAGCAUAUCACAAAGGAGAAGAAUAAUUCAGUGGAGAUGGCAUUCAAAAAUCGAAAGGUUAUUAAAGAUACAGUAACAAAAUUAUUCGAAGAGAAUAACGAAAGCGUUGACGGCUUUGGUUCUAACUGGGGUGCGUUCGAUGAAGAGGAUAGCUCUACAAACUUUGAAGGUUAUGAUUCAUUUGAAGCACAUCAAGCUAUUCCCUUCAAUGGCUUUGAUGUCGAUGGAGGAAUUGAAAAAGUGUUUGCGACUUUAAAACAAUCCGGAUUGAUUAAUGACAUUCUUAAUUUGUCUUUGAAGGAUAAAAUAGUUAGAAGCUCGUUGAUGGGUUUGACAAUUGAGAAGAUUAAAAAUGAACAAAUUCCCUGGGAUGAGUUGUUGAUGGCAUCUCAAGCCCAUGGGUUGAAUAUUGAUGUGGAUAAGGUGACAUUUGCGAAACCAGAAAUUGGCAAACUUUUAUCAAAAUUUGUCUUGGAUGUAAUUCCUUUCCUUGUUCAGAAAGGGUAUUUAGCCCGCUUGGAUGUUAUUCAAAAGUUGCCGAUUAAAGAAGACCAACCGAGCCAUGAGAAACCAGCAGACGAUACUGAAAGAUCAUUGGAAAUUGGCCUAGUCGAUCACAAUGAUGCCGGGCAUGAAUCUCGUCAUGUCAAGUUGGAAAAAGGGCAUCAAGAAAAGCACCAAUAUCUCAAGAACUUUAACCUGACAAAUGAUCAUACCUUGGAGCGCCAUGAAGAAAAGAAUAAAAAGUUUGAAAAAGAAGAUCAUGUCAAACACUUUUCAGGACAAAAGUUUGAGAAAGGUGGUCACGAAAAUCAAUACAGCGAUAUAAUGACCGAACAAUCUGAAAAGGUAAAAGAUGAAGAUGCUAUUCACAAGGAGGGCACUAAGAAUGAAGCUUUGCAUCACCACAAAGAAAGGUAUCAUGAGUCAGCGAAAUUGGGUCAAUCAAAAGAGGAACGUUUCGAAAGUGAUCGCCAUGAGCAAAGAAAGGAAAAAUUUGAGCAAGAUUACCAAUUGGGUAGUGUUACUAAUGCCAUUAGAACUAAGCGUGAUGAAAUUGUCCACUAUGAAGAGAAUUUUCACGAUAAUGUGAAUGAAAAGCAUCAUUUUGAUUUACUGGAACUGUUUGUUGAUGGCGCCUCAAAAUACAAUAAGCAACACCACAAGGAGGAUAAUCUCGGUUUGAAUAAGGAUCAUCAUGAGUUGAAUCAUCAUGAGGAAGAUCACAAAAAUGGUGACUACGUGAAAGAUAUCCACGAACUUGAUCGCAUUGUUGCUGAAAAAGAACAUCAUAAAGAUUACCUUCAUGACUCAAAUCACAGAAAAAGACACGAAAUUGAUCAUUACGAAGAAGAUAAUCACAAGGAAGUCACUGAACACCAUGAAUCUAGCUUUAGCGAGAAGAUGAAUGAUGGUUCUGAAACACAUGAGAAACAAUCACACAAUGAAGAUAAUUAUGGACUAAUUAAGGAUGAGCGCGAAUUGAAUCAUCAUGAGAAAAGUCAUGGAGAUACUAAAGUAUCCAAAGACAUUCACAGUAUAGAUCAAUACAUUGCUGAAAAGGAACACCACAAGAAUCAUGAAAAGGGUUUGACUCACGAAGUACGCCUCGGUCGUCGUGAUGAUGACCCUCACCAUCGAGAUAAAUUAACAUUGGAAAAGAGUUUAAAAUCAUCCACUUCAUUUGCUAACGAAAGCGAUAAAGAUCACUACGAAUCAAAUCGCACUUUGGGGGGUCAACGCCAUUCGAAAGAACAUUAUGCUAAAGAACAUCAUGAAAAGGAACGCCAUGAAACUGCACCUGGUGUAGAACAAUAUGAAAAGGAGAAGCAUGAAAAGGAAGAACAUGCUAAGGAAAAUCAUGAAUUGGGACCACAAGAGCAUGAACAUAUCGUGAAGGAGCAUGGCAAAGUUGGUGAUAAACUGGCAUUGACUGAUGUUGUUGGUGUUGAGAAGGAGUCUGAGUUGAAUCUGAAGGCAAAUACGCAACUUCAAGUUACUCCACCUAUUCCUGGUCAAGUUGUCCUUCCUGCCAUAGGAUAG